CUCAGCAGUUACUCCGUGCUCCGAAUUAAUUCGAGUCAACCCCAAAUUUUUUGACGCGUCAACCAAACACCAGCGGUUUGAUCUCAACGAAGAGCAUCAAUAAACGAAAUACGGACCGAUAAAUUAUUGUUAGAAGUGGACCACGUGCUUGAAUUUGAUGACCUUGGUGAUGGAAGCUCGAAUUUAACGGAUUAUUGGACCAGUUACACUUGUCCUUCUUUCUUUUCGACAAUCUACCUCCACGACAAACUUCCACGAUGACCUCUUCCGACGUUCGCGAUGUGCUAAACCUGGGUGAUGGCGUAUCAGGUCUGAGGCCGAGCAAGAAGCAAAAGAUUGCUGCACCAAGGCCAAACUUGAAGGGUUUGGCUCGUGAGGUACACAAUCUUGGGGGCGACAACCCCAUUGCUAUUGUCCCUGAAGUUACACAUUUCAAGAAGCGACGCUUUGCAAGUCGCAAACCUGCAGCGAGAUGGGAGAUGCGAUCGUUCAAAAACUCGGCGCGUAGCGAUUCAGAUUUCACUUUGCGGCACUGGAGGAGGAAGGAUGAGAAGCAAGAUGGUAGCGACGUAUCACCGGAACAGACGAGCCAAGGAGAACAGCCACAACUAUCCAGAGAUGGAACGGAAGAUUCUGCGUUUGCAAAAUACAACGUGCAGGUUUCAGUCCCGCAGUAUAGCGAAGGCCAGUACCAGCAGUCAUUACAACACAAUGACUGGACCAAGGAGGAAACUGAUUACUUGCUCGAGUUGGCGCGCGACUUUGACCUUCGAUGGCCUCUGAUCUGGGACCGCUACGAAUGGAAUCCUCCCGCGACGAACGGAGAGGCUGAUGCCGACGGUGAUGAGAGUAAGGCCAUCGUUCCAGCAACACGGCCACGUUCUCUGGAAGACCUCAAAGCAAGAUACUACGAAGUCGCUUCCAAGAUGAUGGCAGCGCAAAAGCCUGUGCAGUACAUGACGCAGCCCGAAUUCUCUCUGCAUGAACUCAUGGCGCAUUUCAAUCCACAGCAGGAGAAAUUAAGAAAGGAGUUUGCGCUCAACGCCUUGACCCGGUCGCGCGAAGAAGCUCGUGAAGAGGAAUCGCUAUUGCUGGAGAUUAAGCGUAUUCUGGCACGUAGUGAGCGGUUCAACGAAGAACGUCGCGAGUUGUAUAAUCGCCUCGAUUAUCCUCGAGCGGACACUGACAUCAAUGCCUUCAAAUCUUCUGCUGGCUUGCAGAACCUUCUUCAAAACCUAAUGACCGCUGACAAGUCCAAGAAGCGCAAGUCGUUGAUGCCUGGCGAUGGUACCAGCCCUUCUGGCACCGCACCACCGCAAACAGCGGCUGCUGCGUCUACCGCCGCUACCGCCGCCGCUGCGGCGCAAGAAGCUGGGAGACGGGAAAGCACAGCUGCGUCCACAGGGCCUCGUGAUUCUACUGGACCUGCCGCUACACCAACAGCUUCGAACAACAAAAAGGGUCAGCCACAGCAACAACAGGAGCGCCGUAAGCUUUCGACACAGGAGGAGCUAUUGUACGGUGUGACACAUCAUGAUCGAUUGGGCUCUGGGCCGACUUUCCGAACCGAGAGAAUCAAUAAGCUGUUCUCACACAAGUCUAAUCAACAACAGAACCGCAUCACAAAUGUUCUCAACGAACUGGACGUGCCCAACAAACUUGCCAUGCCCACCGCGGCUACGACACAUCAGUACGAACAGCUCCUUGCGGCUGUCAAUAGUCUGCUUGAUGCCCGCAAGGUAUCGGACAAGCUUGAUGCCGAGAUCAAGGUUGAACAGGCCAAAAAAGCAGAACGGGAAAAGGCUAUGGCCCCCCCUGAAUCUGACUCCACAGUCGAAAAGGACAAAGCAGACCAGGACACAGGGACCGGCAACAACUCAGAGGCAGGAGCUGCUGCUGGAGCGACCACCGGGAAAGCAGAUGGCGACGCCACAUCUGCACUUGGAGAUGCAAACAAGGAUGCCUCAGAAAUAGCAGCCCCUACUAUUGAGGCCUCGGAUGCCUCGAGCAAGGAAACAGAACUGCUCAAUGAAAUCGACAAGAACGGGCGUCCUGGUAGCAGCGGUGCCGCGCACAAGAGAAGUGCCAGCGUUCUGAGUAGUGUCAGCGACAAGAGCAAUAAAAGACAGAAGAAGUAGGGCAAUGUACAUGUAUCCUCGAAGCACCACGGUACAUAGCUCUACGCGCCAGUGACUUGCUGCACGCGACCUGCUGCAGCUAACGUUCCUGCAGGAACACAGGCAUCUUUGCACCGACCUGAUGGCUAGAUCUGCCAGGACCGGCAGUUGUUGGUUUGAGAUAUGUCAUACCGUGGACAAGGGGCUCCGGCGAGACAGGGUUGCACCUAAUUUUGUAUGUGUACCUGAGAAGGGAGAUGUCUAGAGGCUAGGACGUCAUACAUACCAUCCCUUCAACAAAUCUUUGCUGUGGUGAAGCGCCGCCUGUGGAACUAAGCUGUGCGACUGUUCAAGACAUUGCAUAACCCAUAGUCCAGACGUGCAUCUUUUGAGGAAGAACCUGGGGUGUGGGCACAUGGGCGUCUCGACCACGUGGGGCAGGAAUGAUAUUGCAACUACACAUUGUGUUUGCAAACAAGUGCUCCUUCAAAGGACAGACUUGAAACGGCCAGGGAUCCGCGCCAUUAAAGCAUCCUGCGAGGGACACAAUGGGCGCUAGGAAACAUGAUAAACAGUAGGAAUGAGGUUGUGUUGAAAAACAUGCAGCUCAUCGGCGGCUACAGUGAGGCUGCAUCCUAAUUUAGCAACAUGUUCCUAUAAUUAUAUCUCCAGCUCCCUGGAAAGCGACCCGUGUCCCUGGUAAAAGACGACCCCUAGAGCAGAUACAUGAACGACCAGGGCGUGUAGGCCAUCCAAUGCCUCGGGCCCGCAUGACUUACAUACAACUUGCUUGCUGUCGACCCUCGACUUGCCUAAACGGGCCCAGGAGCGCCAAUCGAGUGGCUCAGAUCGACCGAGAUAGUGCUGCCGCUCCUCUGCAACCUGGUUCUUUGGCGCCGGAGACAAAUAGAUGAUGAUGAUGGGGCGUGUCUCCUGAAAAGGAGAGUGUGCAUGGCCUCUAGAUCACAGGAACCUCGUUGAACAAAGGCCAGCGCUUGCGAAAGAUGAAGUCAUCUCGGGCGAGACGCCCAGUACUAUUCUCGCAUGCUGCAUGUUGUGGUCGGCGUCUAUGGUCCAAGAAUAGACUCAACUCGUGGCAUCCCAACAUGCAGGUAUGAUGAUUCGCAUCAAAAUAUCUGAUCUAAGAUUAGAUUGACCCUUGUUAAGCGCCAAGAUCUUGGUGAUUCUGGAAAGCUGCGAGAUAGGAUGCGACGUAAGGCUGGCGCUUAGCAGGCGGCUAGCUGUGGACGUAUGAAGCAUUAUUGGAUACUGAGCACGUGCAGUUAGCACAGAAUCGCUGUCAAUAUAUUUUUAGAUGAAACAAGUGUUGUAUAAUUAGAAGUGCACUUGUCGGGAUAUAUUAAAUGGUUCAAGACUUGCUUCAUGGUGUUGAGGCUCCUUGAGUGACGUCUUCAGCAUCCAUCUACACAACACAUGAUUGGCUGCUGAAAUAUAUGCCUGUUCCUCAUGGUGCAACCUGUCCUGGAAGCAGGGUCUCCGAUAAGUACGGAAGACCCAGGGAAUUUGAACAUAUAGUUCAGAGGUAUUAUAGGGCUGAUGUACGUGCCUCUACACUCAUGAUGGCGCUCAUGCACGCCCAGGUAUCAAGUCGAGAAGAGACAAGAAGACAGAACAACAUCAGCGUUAGUCCGAGGGUUUUCUUGGAGUGAGGGUGGCCUCGACAUCUUACUGAAUGUUGUCUCCUUUCUCCAUCCAUGCCUUUCCAACAGGGAUAAAUCGAUGCAUUCGGAUAUGAGGCGAGAACAGUAGUGUGUGCUAUUCAGUGUGCCAUCGGCCAACAUCAUGCAUCUCACUUCAUAUGCGCCACCGCGGCGUGAUGCUUUGAAGGACAACGCAGAAGACAGUAUUCGGUGCACGAUAGUGGCAGAGUGGCAUAUUUCAAGAUAAGGCAUCAUACGAAGGCCACAUCCCAUCCAACAAAUCCAUCGCUAACAAACCAUUCAAGGCUAUCCAUAAACUAGGCAAAGCAUUACAUGAAGGGUUUGGCUUCGCCUUGUUGGCCUUCCGGGAUCUCAUAGUAUGCCGUUGACUGUUUGCGGCUUGGCUCCAACGUGGACACUCAAUCACGCCACGCUUGAUCAUGAUAGUUAUUUUCAAUUGCACAUCUUCCGCGGACGCCGGCGGCACUUUCGAGGGCGUUUGUGUCAAAAGAACAAAGCGCCUAAGCAUAGAAAGGAGGGACAUCUUGAAACCAAUAGCCAGGGUCAGUUUUCCUAAAAUUUGACCCGUAGCUCAGAAGUAAUCUCUUACUUGGGCAGUGUUGAUAGACUAGGAUGCAACUCGGCAGUCGACUACACUUCGGCAGCCUUCAGAAGCACAUUCGCAACGAGAAAAGCCCCAGUGCUCGCUAUAUUCCGUGCUGAUUACAUAAAUGAAGCGAACAUGCCGUAUAACAUGCAAUGAUCGCCUACAAUGCUAUCUUUCCAGUCACAGGUUGAGUAUAUUACCCGCAAGGGUAGUAUUCGGACCCGCUGACGGAGUUAUUUUUGCCAUGCAAUGCUCUUUGGCCUAUCAUGCUGAUCAAUCACUGGACCUCCGCAUGUCGAGAUGCUACUUGACUGUUGCCGGCCUGCUCUGAUCACGGAUCAGAUUGGAUGAGUUACCUCGAAACUGUUUCUCAUCACGAGAGAAACUUCGCGAAAAUGUGACCUGGAGUGAACACCCUUGCUGAUUGUCGGAGGUUUGCCAAAACCCCUUGUCAAUGGGAUGAAGUGAGUGGAAUCCGCUGCCAGAAUCAGCCCUCCGCUUCCCCGCGCUUUCAUUUCGAAAGUUGCAGCACCGCUGUCGUGAGGUCGCAACCAACACGGCGGUGUGCCUACGAGAAGGCAGAGUGCAGUAAUAUAGACCUGGCUAUUACCUGCUUGGCCAUGGGUUUGGAGAUAGAGGCGCUAAAAUCCCAUCAUUCCGUUCUUGGGGCAUUAGCUAUCUGCUGUGACAAUUUUAGUCACGACGGGCCAACCCCUUGUCUUCAAUAAUGAGCCAAUCACAGGUAGGAGCCGGCUUGUUUCCAUCACAGUGAACAAGGAAUAGCUGAUAGCGUCCCUAGCCAUUGGCGGCACAGGAGUCAAAACGCACAAUAGCGAAAUGUGAUGCAUGCAGCGAAAGGUCAGGCAGGGAGUGUCAAAUACUUAGCAUUGUUGGUCAAUGAUGUUCUGUUGGCGGAGAGCAACAAAGACAAGAAUAGGAACAUCGGCAAUCGAUGAGCCAAUCAAAUUCUUUUAGUCUGGGGCGUUAUGCCGUUUACCAUGACGUGAAAUGUGACCAGGCAUUCGAAGCCAACUAACGGCACGCAGACAUUGAAAUGUGACAGAGUCCAGGGCCCAUGCUGGCUCACCAGCUGAGACUGAGCAUGUUUUCCAAGAAUGGGCUGUUUU